GGUUUUUGAUCUUUUUCCUCUACCUCCCUCUUCCUCUCUCCUCUCUCAGUCUAUGUGUUUGAUUAAGUAGAUCAUUUAUGUUCUAGUACAGGGCUAGCUCUUAAUCUUUGGUUAAUCCAUCGCCGUCUAGUUCACAGCACACACUAUUUUAUUCCACCGCACCUCCGUAACAAUUUUACUGGACGUCAUCACCUUCAUAAUGAAUCAUCCGGGAGCAACGAUAUUUGCAUUUUGAAUGCACGUCUCACUACGAGUCUAGUUAUAAUUUUUUCAAUGAUAAUAUUAAUAGAACAACAAAUAGAGCAGGAUCAGCCAGUCAAUCAAUCAAUCAAUCAAUCAAUCAGUGCGCGCGCAAAUAUCUGCGUUGACUUUUUUUUUCGAUUGGAUUAUCUGCUUCUUCCCACCGGUACAACUAGUCUUUCAAACAAUUAAAAACCAGGUAAGAACUACGCUGAAAGAAAGAGAGUACUAGAGAUAGAACGACUCCGCUGGAUCCCUUUAUUUCUUAUAUAUUUAUAUUACUUGUAUUUCUAUUUUCUUCAUUGGCUUUGGCCGGGAGGGAUUUUGAAUGGUUCCGGUAUUUGGUAACCUGAGUUGGAUCAUAAGGGCAAACAAGAAGAGAACCCUUAGGAUCAAACUCAGGUUACCAAAUACCAGAACCAUACAGGUUUGGUCUCCAUUUGAUUUCCAUAGUUGGUUUGAGUUAUUCAUAUUCGUCUUCGGAAAGGAUGGCGCGUAACACUAAUUAUUUGGUGGCUCAUCUCUUUGCCUCGUUUCGAGGGCUUGCUGGGCUCUUCUGUUCUUCUGCGACUGUGGCAGCGGCAGAACAAGCGGAAGAUGAUGACACGAGGAACAGCAGCGUGAAACAGCAGAUGCUCACCCGUGGGCAUCGUGCAGAAAAACCAGGCUUUCAUGUCCAUGUGGACGUAGAUAAGGCCUGCAUGUUUUCUGUCUGGGGUGGCGGCCUUGGGCUGGAGGAUCCGUCACUGAACAUUGACUACAACUUCGAGAACUUGUUGGCGGUAAAAAAGUACAGGCAGCAGGAGGAAUACGAUUCGUUCUUUUAUCCAGACCCUUUUGGAUAUGCAAAACCGAAACCGCGAGAGUCAAAGUGCGCUGAAGAAAAUCUGGAGACGCGUCUGACCCUCCCUUUCGACGGAGUGAUGAUGGAGAAUCUUGCCAGAGGCGGAUUGGAAGAUAGUUGUCGACAUAGAAUCCUCCGGAUUGCUCUUAGCGACAAAGAAAAUCGCUGCCUAUCCUUGUCAGUCGAUACCUUUCCUCCGGAGGUUGAAUUUCCCCGACGUCCUGUUCCUGGUCGUGGCGAGGAAGAGAAUUAUAGUUCCCAUCAAGGGACAAAGCUGGUGCGAGACGAGGCGGCGUCUUAUCGCACUCUUGCUGUUUUUAGCGCCGAAGAAACCAUAGAAGCGCAGAAGUUCUGGGUAGCGCUAGAACAUGUCUUCAAAUUGGCCAGGCAGCGACGUGGUCCGAAGAAGUCCGACUUUCCGGAAUGGCUCCAAGUUUACGAAGCCGUAUCCCCUGGUGAAGAUGACGUAGACAGUACAGGUCUGCUCAUUUUGCAUGCGCGCAUGAUCACGUUCCCAUAUCUGUCACAGAAACUGCAGCAUCAGCUACACAUGAUUCUGUUUUCUGUUCUCAUUUACCUGAGCGACCAGAUUCUGUACAUUUUGCCUGAUAAUAUCAGUCUCGCCCGCAGGGAGCUUUUUGCAUUGGCAGUGUAUGCAAAUCAUGCGCGCAGCCUCGGUUUGCUUUACGCUGGGGUGCAGCCCACGCCCGAGCACCUCAAAAAUUUGAAUAAUGUCGCACAGAGUCGCGAGUUUUGGCGUCUCAUGCGCACAAAGGAAUUUCCUUCCAUACGAUUUAUUACCUCAAAUGAUUCGAGUCCACUACGACCCGCAUCUGCGAAGAAAUCGUCAAGCGAUGCGAUCGAGAAGCCUUCUAAUCCUGCCCCUGCGGCUAGCGUCGUUUUUGAUCAUGGACCAGCACAGCACCCUGACUACAUCGCCGCCAGUGAGGACCACAGCCGCAGUGGGGAUUCCGCUUCCGGCGUGCCGGCUGCGUCCAGAGAGGAAGAUGCCAGCAAUUUCAAAUUAACGGAAGUCGCUAAGUGGUUUCUUGACGCGUCUCUUCAAUUCUUCAGCUUAAAGCGAUUUGAGAACGUAGUUGUGACAAAAAACACCGGAGGACAAGAGGAGGUCCGGGAUAAAUCGAGGCAGAGUGGUGCAGAAGUAGCGAUGAGUGCUUCACUGAAAAAACAGGGAACUCUUGAACAAAAACAGGAAGCUCAAGGAUUUCACACGAGCAGCGCAGCCCCGUUCCAAGGAGGAAGCUUAGCGCUGUCUCGUUGGAGGCGGCUCCCCAAAGACCACGAAGAGGCAUUUCUGGACGCGCUUACUCUCUACGGUGAGUGUGCAACGUUGCCGGGGGUUCCGAAAGAAGAUGGGCUACGAGGACUCGCGAGCAAUCCAACAGCAGAUACCAAGAAGCUCCAGAUAGAGCAGCAUCAAAUUGCCGCGAAGAGCAUCAGAAGGACUGAGUUGUACAGGAUGGCCGGUGGCUCCUGCGCACACGCGCGACUAACAACUGCAGAUGAUGAGACGCCGGGCGACAGCGCUGUCCUCUCCGAACUCACAGAGUUAGAUGGCUUUUUUCCAAGCGACGCGUUCGUCCGAGUUUUUCGUUGGGCGGAAAAAAGAUUUGGAGGGUCAGCGAGGUAUAGAGAAGUGCGGAUCAUGGGACGAUCACCGCUGUCCUCCUCCGAUCGUCUCUCUUCUGAUGUUCUCUUCGGGUUCCUGCAGCGUGGCGAAAGUCUCUGCACAGAUGGAGGACGAUAUGCUGGCACCGCGCGAGCGACUCCAACUGAGAAGGGCUCCAAACGGGAAUCUCAACACAAGUCUGCUAAGGAUAUGCGACGGAUUCUUGCAGAGUUGCAAAACGCCUUGAGCCAUUCAGAUGCCAAGACGCUCAUGGAAGACGGCGCGACUGGUUUGGCAGGUUUGUGGAAAGGCAAAGGAGAAGAUGAUCUCUCACUCGCGUUGUCUCCAUCCUCGGCGCUUUUUCGCGGGUCUGGAAUCAGGUCCGACACCCAUUUGAAGCACAUGGCAAAGCGAAUCCUUUCUGAUUUGCGACUGGCGAUCGCGGGACGCGAUGAUUUCCAUGAUAUGUUAGAGGAGGAAAUGACGAUGAAUAUUUAUCCGUAUGUUCGGUACCCCGACGCUACAUAUCGACCUUACAUUGUCAGUGGGCCGCUUUACGGGGAAGGUGGCGAUAUGCGGGAUCGAGCUAUUGAAAUCGAUCCGGGAAGCUAUUUGUUUGUUGCUGGACGUUCUUGCAUCUACGCCUCUCGGCCGAACCCGAAACACACAGGAUCGGAACAGGUAACGACGCAGGACCCAGUCCAUGACGAUGAGGCUCGAGAGUUCGACGUCGAAUUCGCAGCACCCGCAGAAGGCGACGACGAUGGGCAUGCUGAGGGAGCUCCCUUGGGUCUCACACUGCGGGCGCGUGCCGAAAUGCAUACAAUCAAGGAAAGAAUCUCAAAGGAGCAGAGACAUCAAGUCGACGAUGCUUCCAAGCUAGGGCUCGUGGAGCAGCGUAACGCAUCCGGAGCGGGGCUUGUAAUAACACGAGUAGAAAAUUGGUCGAGAGCUUAUUGGAGAUGCAUUCUAGCUGGCUCAACAAUUGUGGGCGCCACGGGAAGCCGCGCGUCCGAAGAGUCCGAAAUCAGAAAACAUCUGCACAGCCUCGAAUACCCCAAACGUUUUCGAAUCCGUCUCGAGGGCGACAUGUAUCACGCACUAAAGUGCCCUGCGCCGUGUCGUCUUAAUAGCAAAAUGAUCCCGGAGGCCCCUGGUAACGAGAGAGUCUUGCCCGGGUACCGGCUUGAUUUUUUUGUUAAGCCAGAAUUACGAAUUGAUCACUCGGUUCCCAUCACUGACCACGAAGAUACGUACGGGGUGGAGCUAUCCGUAGAGGGGUUUGCCGAGCUGGCUUGCCGCCUUGUAAGCAGAGCGACGCACGAUUUUGGCGCUGCGCGGGCUUUUCAGUUCCCAAGCGAGCCCGCUGCGUCCAGAGCAGUCGUGAUCAAGCUGGCAGAGCGAGCGUUUUUGGAGAGUGCGGAUCAGGCAGCGGGGGAAUUUGCAGGCGCCCUGAAGGCUAGGGCGCGCCAAAUGUAUCGACGAGUACUGCUGUCUGUGAAGAAUCGCAAUUUGGAGGAGGAGGAAAUUGUCCAAAUUGCACAAGCUCUAGAAGAUGCCCUUCGUCACCGCUACAACACCUUCGCGUAUACAUCUAGAGAAGAUUUUGAGAGCAUGAAUUUCGGUUCAGAGCUGCAACAAAAAGAGGUCUUAGAGCUCCGCGGCACGUAUGCUCGCUGUCGCGCAGCGUAUCUCGAUGAGAUUCUCGGGGAACGGGUUAUGCAUGGUUCCCUCCUGCCGGAUUUUUUCGAGCUGCUGCGCAAAACACUUGUUCAGGAAUUGGCUGGAUACCAGAUGUGGGCGCGCGCGGAAUCCUGGAAGGAGUUCACAGCACAAAUUUUCCCGUCUGUGUCCUGGCAUGAAACUUCCUGGUCGUUUGCCGUUGCAGUAUUUUUGUUGUUCUUGGUAUUAUUCUGCGGACGGAAACGUGUCAGGAGCUUUGGAAGUUCGUGGUGGUGGUUUCUAACCGGCGGCGUAAUUGCAGCGCUCAUUCUACUUGAAUCAACAGGAGCAGCUGCACACGACAUGGCACACCAGGACUCUGCAUUAGCUGAUGGAAGUUGCGAUCGUUUCCGCGGGUUGACUCCAGAUCCCAUCAUCGUGUUUGAGCCCACGUCCCAAACGCUGACCACAGGUAUCGGACAUGAUGGGGAUUCCCCUGCAAGCAAUCUUAUCUACGGCAUAUCUCCAAACUUUGAGUCUUCUGUAAGGUGCCUGGCUCCAGAGUUCAGUAAAGGUGGAAUCGCGGUUGUUAGUUUGCUAGGUCAGAGAGGAGCUGGGAAAAGCACGCUCGCUACCGCCCUAGCUGGUCGGGAGCGGGGAGUGUUGCAGAGUCGUGAGUUCGAAGGCCAUUUUGGCGCAACGACUGUUGGCGUGUGGUUGCUUCCGACACUACACGAGACUAGCGAUGGGAGCAAGAUUUGGUAUCUUGACACAGAAGGGCACGAAGAUCCCACUGAUUUCGUCCGGUACGAAAGAAGUUUGCUUGGUCUAGUGCGGGAAGUAUCCUCAUACUUUUUGUUGGUGGCCAAUCAAUCGCUGGGGCGACCAGUAUUGAGAGCUGUGAAAACGUUCCAUCACAAUCUGCAGUUGUAUAGUAUGUGCCAUGCGGCGAAGGCGAUGUGCCGUGACGGGAAACAAGAUCAGUCACAUCUAGCGAAACCCGCGGAAUUGUCGCCGAUGCGGCUGGUGAUGCGUGAUUAUGGUACCCGCGUUAGAGCUCGCGCUAUUUCGCACAUGAGCGCAGCAGGCGAAACAGAUCUUCAAGUGUAUCUCAAGAAUGUUGAUCGCGAAGAGCAUAUUACGAGUGUGCAUCACUUCGCAACGAAAUUGGAAGCGCGAGACGCCGCGAGAACGAAAGACGUAAGUAGCGCCGAGUCGCCACAUGUUUCGGACUUUGUGCAAGCUUAUUUGAAUUGGGGUAACCUACAAAACGCAGCUACGCUGCCGGCGCCCUAUGAUCAAGUUGAGCAGGAAGCGGGCCCUGCAGCAGAGAAACUGCAGACCACCGCAGGGUUCAAGAACCUCUACAUGGAACACAUCGGCACUCUUCGAGCUCAGUUGCAGACAACAGUGCAAAGAAAGUAUAGCGAUGUAGAAGCGCUUCUCACAGCAGUCUCGAAUGCGCCAGAGGCUACCGUUUGGUGUUUGGCAUUCAACCGGGGCGUUGACGAGGGGGGGGAGCUUACUUCCCGAGAGCUCAGUGAGCACGCAAGGAAUGCGUACGCACAUCGUGCAAACAGGAUCACGCGCAAGUGUUUGGCAAAGAAGAAGGUAUUUCCCUACAAUUCGAAAAUGUAUGUCGAUGAGAACGUCAAGUCCCCUGCGACGCGCGACAGAGUUUUCCGCGAAUGCCUUACACAAGGCGUCGAAGAAUUCAGAACAUCAUUUUCCACGAUUUUUUCCGUAGCGAAAAUCAGCAACAAUGGGGCGAAUAUCGACCAGGCAACGUCGUGGCUUUAUCAGCGGCUAGGUGUCUGGAGAUAUGGUUCGGCUUUCAAAGCCCAAAGGAAAUUGGAAAAUCAUAUGUUGGCCGCGAAGGCUCUGUUCACAGACAUAGGCGUAGAACUAAAGCCGGCGGCUGUGGAAUCGGACAAGAAGCACAACGCAGAACUCCAUCGUGUUCCCUCAAUUAGUUCGUAUAGUUGGGAGGAUCUUCGUGCUGUUUUCUCGCAGUUGAGCGGUGUGCAACCCGCGGUCAUGUCGUCUCUUGCAAAAAGGAUCACCGAGAGGGAUAUCGAAUACCAUGCAAAGUUUCUUCGGAAAGAGUUCGACGCGAGUGAGCAUGACCUGGAAAAUUGGAAGACUGCUGCCAAACCCUGUAAGGUGUACACACUCGAAGAGAACAUCACCAAGGGGAGACUCUCCACGAAGCCAACCCUACUGGAGAUUCUGCGCGCACAGCAGGAUCGCGACGAGCGCAAAAAGCACACGAGCGCGGAUCUACCGGGUGAAAAAGAAACUCAAAAAGCACGCGAUAAGCCGUCUGAAUCUGAAAGAAAGCUCCUGAAAGUCCCAUAUUAUUACGAGUACGAGAAGGGAGUAGAGAUUGAUCCUACCUCUGUGGAAAGCGACGGGCCACUUGGCUCUUCGGAGGGGGUCGAAUCUCUCGAGAUUUAUGUGAGUGGAGUUGGUCCGCACGCUAGACAUCGUCUCACAAGAGUUGUCGAUUGCAGAUUGCUGCGCCAUGAUGUUGAAAGACAUACUACAAGCGAAUCCGAGUUAUCUCUUGUCCGGGAUUGGCUGAAGACAUGCGGCCCUGGAGUAGUGCCUGCCCCGCAACAGAAAUGCCUGCAAUUGUUCGACAGUAUGUUGAAAGACCUUAGUUUUCACGCCGAGCACGCCCGCGAUCACGGUCCCGAAGAAGAGGAGCUGCGCCUGAAGGUAACGAUAGAAGCGUGUCCUGUUGACGGUAGGGGAGCCUUCAAUCCGACAAUCUUUUAUCAGCAGUACACGGCUGGCAAGCAAUUUUCGUCCCUUCUAAAGAAGGAAAAGCUCGAGUUGGAGACAAAGAAGGUCUUUCUGAGCCUUGGCUUCACGGAAACUGGUGCUGUUCUACCCUGGGUGAAAAGAUCGGCCUGGACUGUUUUGGGUUGCAUCCUCACAGGCGCAGUUCUCUGGAGCAAUCGCGCGGCAAUCCAUCACGCUUUGGGUCGCAGCGACCUGAGGACGAUGAUAGAUAUGCAUCGAUUGGUCGCGGAAAACUCAGGGUUUUUUAUGUCUGCAACGAGCACGAUGAAAAUUAAACUGGCUGCUGUGCUUGGCGGACUCGUUUCCUUUCUUAGCGGAUCGGUUCUAGUUUUUAGCGACGCGGAAAACAACGAUGAAGGGCGUUUGUCGUCCCAUGGUGAUCACGGCUCGUUCGUGCUGUCUGCCGCGGGAGAAGGGAACCUCUCCCAGCAUGACGAGAGGGAGAGAAGCGGAGCGCCGUGA